AAUAUUCUUGUGAAAAAUUUUAAACGUUCGUAAAUCCUUUAUAAUCUAUCAAGAAUAAUGGCCAUAAAUUUUGAGGAAAUCCCCAGUGAAAUUGAAAUUCCCUUGAAACCGCCCCAGAAAACCAAAACCGUUUUAGAAGAACUUAAUUGCCGCCAGUCUUUACUAAACGAACGCACCAUUAAAUGUAAAGAUAUUCGGCCAUUUUUCGAAAAGCUUAGAAAGCAACCACCUCGCUAUUUAUACAGAUAUGUAUGUGUUUGUCCACGCUACAAUCCCCAAUAUGUUUGCAAACACACCGGCAAUAUUAUUAUCGAUCGUGAUGUUUUGACACCGGAGGAGCAUAUCGUGCAUUUGGCCACACCCAAAGCAAAUUUUGCGGCUCCCCGGAAAAUGCCACGCUAUUUCCUAAAGCGAUCCAUUAUAGCCAAUUGUACGGCACGUAUUAAUCGUUUGGCCAAGCCUGAUCUAAAACAGGUAACUGACACUUUAAAUAAUUUCAAUCAUAUCAUAUCACGACGUCACAAAAGAUCGUUGAAUAAACGUUUGGAUAAAUCACCAAAUGUGGAGUAUACCAGCAUACAAAGAGCUUUGGAUAUGCUGAAGGAGGAGAAACGCUUGAAAAGGGUGGCUAGGAGGAAGGAGAGAUUACGUUGCCGAAAGUUAAAGCGUAAAAUUGUGCAUAAACAGAGACAGCAAAUUAAAAAGAUCGUUUGUAUACUAUUUGAACAAAUGAGAGAGUUUCUAUUGAAUGAUCAAUUUAUAAUGGAUGAGAGUUCGGCUUUGGUGACGGUCAUAUUGGAGACAUUGAGAGAGUUUACAGAUAAAGAAUUCCACAUAACCAGCAAUUUGCGUGAAUAUCAAAAAAUAUUGUCUUUCAAUUUGGCCGUCUGGAUUAAUAAAUUCAUUUCCAACUUGAAUAUACAUGUAGCCGAACCCCCCAAACAAUAUCCACAAAUGCCCCAAUCACAAUCUGAAAGACAACCACAAGAAUUGUCGUCAUUUUUACCGGUAGCCGAUUACAUAUCACCAAUUGCAUCGGAGGAAUCGUACUAUGAAGAGGAAGAUGAAGAUUAUUACUCUUAUCAGCAGACCACGAGUGACAAGGCACAAUACAACAAUGAUAACACUGAAAUAUAAUAGGAAAUUGGAAAUAUUAAGCAAUUACCUUGUAU